AGGCUCCACCGUAUUCUACACACCACCGUGGCAGUCUCGACAUUGCCGUCAUAUUCUUCGCCCACAAAGCACUUCACUGUCGGGCAACACAUACGGCGACUGCUGGCUGCUACAUGUGCCGCCUGAGUAUUCUUGCGCGAGGACCACGCCCCCCACUGAAGGGACCACAGCAGCGCCCGACGGCUGCCCUCGACCAGCCAAGCUUGUAGGACUCUACACCGUCUACACCCUCUGCACCGCCAACAUACACCACUUGUAAUCCCCCGCCACAAUGCCGUCCAUUCUGUCCGAUGAGGACAAGCAAAUGGUCAAGCGCACCGUCCCCAAGUCUGGCAACAAGAUCCACGCCGUCGCCGUCGCCAAGCUGUAUAUCGCCUACCCCGACCGGCACCGAUGGACCUACACGGGCCUGCAGGGUGCCGUUGUGCUGGCCAACGACCUGGUCGGAAAUACCUUCUGGCUCAAGAUGGUCGACAUAUCGCCCCAAACCAGAGGCGUCAUUUGGGACCAGGAGAUCUACGACCCCUUCUCCUACAACCAGGACCGCGUCUUCUUCCACACCUUUGAGCUCGAGGACUGUCUGGCCGGCCUGUCCUUUGCCGAUGAGAAGGAGGCCCGGACAUUUAAGAAGAAGCUCGACGAUCGCGAGAAGAACGCCCACAAGAACACAAAGAGCAAGCCCUUUAGCGCGACCGUGGGCAGUAGUAUAGCUUCAACAAACGGAAAGAGCGGCGGCCAUGGCCAUGGCCUUUUGGGCGGUAUCUUUGGACACCGAAGUUCUUCCCACGCAGCUCCGCCUGCGCAUUCCAUCAUUCCGCCCUCUGUCACCUCGCCCGUGCAAAGCAGCCAUUCCAACGCAACCAGCGCACGAAGCUCCGCGAUCGAUACCACAGACCCCUCAUGGCAGCCCUUACUCAAGGAACUGUUAGCCAUGGGGAUCACAGAGGACCAGAUUGAAGAGAACGCAGACUUCAUUAAACUGUACAUUGAGCAGAGGAAGUCAGAAGAGAAGCUCAAAGACGAAAACCAGCGCCGAUCCAGGGCUCCUCCUCCGCCACCUCCGCCGGGUGCGCCCCUCAGCCCCCAGCAUACGGGCAGCACAACCACAUCGAAACGCGGGCCUCCACCACAGCCUCCACCAGCCCGGCGCACGCGACACGAUGCAUCUGCCAACCGAACCUCGUCGCAAAGCCCAGCGCCACACUCGCCAACUCGAGAAGCUACACCUCCCCCAGGGCCGCCCAAGCCAGUCUUCAGAGCGCCUCCGCCAAUUGCAGAAGCAGGCAAGUUUGCAAACCAGGCUCCUGCACCACCAAACCGAGCGCGAGCCUCGUCCAAUGCAGCGAACCCGGGUCCUCCUCCACCGCCUCGACCGCCAAAGACACCCGUGCCCGACGAGGAGAGAUCAGGUGGAGCCAAGUUCGGCGUGCCUCCGCCUUUCACAGGCAAUCGCGUACCUUCAGGGCCACCACCUCCUCCUCCAAGCCGAGGACCAGUACCGCCACCUCCCCCAGCGAGAGACAUUCCGUCAGCGCCUCCCCCACCACUCCCUCCAAAAACCUCAGUUGCACCGACUCCACCGCCGAUUCACAACAUACCGCCUCCGCCGCCGCUACCACCGUCCGCCUCGCGUCCUGCGCCUCCUCCGCCGUCAGGAGCAGCACCAAUUCCACCUCCGCUACCACCGACGUCCAAUGUUGCGCCUCCGCCUCCGCCGCCGCCGCCGCCGCCGAUGCCAGGACGAUCAAUUCCACCCCCUCCACCGAUGCCUAGCGGUGGUGCACCGCCACCUCCGCCUAUGCCCAACAGCGGCGCACCACCUCCACCUCCAUUGCCUCCAAUGGGUGGGCCCCCAGCUCCACCGCCUCCUCCACCACCUGGCCCUCCACCACCAGGCGGUGCGUCUUUGCCCAAGGUUCCAGCUGGCAGGGGUGGCUUGUUAGCAGAUAUUCGUGGAGGAGCAAGAUUGAAGAAGGUUUCGGAUACAGAGAAGAAGGAUCGCAGUGGGGCAGCAGUGCCUGGAAAAGAGCCCCCAGGUGGUUCAGGAGGCGGCUCGACUCCAGGUGGAGAGGCUGGCCUAGCUAAUGCAUUGGCUAGUGCACUUGCAGCGCGGAAGUCGAAAGUUAGUCACAGCGGUAAGUUGACUAUACUCCUAGGCGGCAUUAUGAUGAUGUGCUAAUGUUUCUACAGACGACGAGUCGGACAAGGAUGACUGGUAAAUAAAGCCAUUCAACAGCUCAUUCAUAUCCAAAUCCAAUCCCUACGCAAAGCGCCGAAUCAUCGAGAGGCUGUUGCAUGGCUGGCCCAUUGGCUGUAUGCAGUUAUGAUUUGGUGAGGAGAGUGCAAGAUGA